UUCAACAUGGCUUCCAUCAUGAACUCGUUUCGAAAUUCUCUCUUCAAAAUUGCAUCUGUCUCCAAACAAGCGAAUAUUUAUUCAUCUGGCAAUGUUGCAGGAGUUGCAGCAAGGUUUAUGUCGACGGGGGAGUUCAAGAACAUCAUAACAGAAAAGCGUGGCGAGAAGAAAAAUGUUGGUCUCAUUCAACUGAAUCGGCCAAAGGCUUUGAAUGCUUUAAACGAUGAUCUGAUGGGAGAGGUUGGACAGGCUCUAGAUGCUUUUGAAGCUGACCCAGAGAUUGGUUGCAUUGUCCUGACAGGAUCUGAGAGGGCUUUUGCUGCUGGUGCUGAUAUCAAGCAGAUGCAGCCGAAGGUAUUCAGCGAUGUUUACGGUGGUAAAUUCUUAACAAGUUGGAACCAGUUAGCUUCAACAACAAAGCCAGUUAUUGCUGCCGUAAAUGGCUUUGCGCUUGGUGGAGGAUGUGAAGUUGCAAUGAUGUGUGAUAUCAUCUAUGCUGGAGAUUCUGCCAAGUUUGGACAGCCGGAAAUUUUACUUGGAACAAUUCCAGGUGCUGGUGGCACCCAGAGGCUUCCAAGAGCUGUAGGAAAAUCAUUAGCAAUGGAGAUGGCAUUGACUGGUGACCCCAUUGAUGCACAGACAGCACUACAGGCUGGUUUGGUCAGCAAAGUCUUCCCGAAGGAGCAACUAGUCGAUGAAGCCAUCAAAACCGCAGAAAAAAUUGCUAAAAAUUCUAAACUUAUUGUUGGAAUGGCCAAAGAAUCUGUUAAUACAUCAUAUGAGGUGCCAUUACAAGAAGGUAUACAUUUUGAAAAGCGUACUUUCCAUGCCACAUUUGCAACACAUGAUCGAAAGGAGGGUAUGACUGCAUUCAUUGAAAAGAGACCAGCCAAUUUCAAUGACAGUUAGGACUGUUUUUAUUAGCACAAUUUGGGAUUUGCUUUAUGCUAACAUUAUAUGAGUGGCUGCUGUAAGUUAUGGCGCUAUGUGGGGAACUUGGAAUUUGGUUCUGAUGACAGCAUUUUCUGGCUUUCUAUUACAAAAUGUGGAUUGUAAGUUCCACUUGCACAUAUUAUGAUGAAGUAUAUCACUAAAGGAAAAAGUAUACCAGUAGGAUAAAUCGUAAAAGAUACAUAACUUUGUUAAUUUCUAUUAAAGUAUACUUGAUUUUGGGAAAAGAAAAUGACAGCAUGUUUUAUGUGUUAAAAGACAAUCAUGGAUGAUUUGAUUUGAAAACCAUGCUGUUGAUCAAGUACCGUUAUGAUAGUAUGUUAGUUGAUAAUUGAAAAAAAUCAUGAUCUUAAAUAUAAAGUAAAGUGGCAGCUUACAGGAUCCUUUCUGAUUAACGAAACUGUUCUAUGUUAAUUGUUUUCAGUGUAGUUUACAAUAAUUAAUGUGUCACAAUAAAUGUAUAGA